AUGUCGCAGAUAAACAAGGCUUGCUGCUCGAUUCCUCCUGUCAAGACGGACUACCAGCCUCAGGGCAGGAUGGAGAAGUGCGCCGAUAUGGAUGCUUAUGUCAUUGGCCCAGCUGACUCUAAGACAGUGCUUGUGUGUGUGUAUGACAUGUUUGGUUUCUGGGAUACGACAAAGCAGUGUGCAGACUUGCUGUCCGAGGUGAUGAAGGUUAAAGUUGUUAUGCCUGAUCUAUUGCGCGGAAAUCCGUGGCCCAUCGACCACUUCCCACCACGCAAUGACGAAGAAGGUAAAAAGUUAAGCGAAUGGUUUAGUUCUAUUGCUAGCAUGCCGGAACGCAGUAAAGACCUUAAGAAUGUGGCUGCAGAUUUAAAAGAGAAGGGUGCUGAAAAGCUUGGCCUCUACGGCUUCUGCUGGGGCGGUAGUGUAGCCAGCCUCGCUGGCAAAGCUGGUACGCCGUAUUUGGGCGUGUCAAUCAUUCACCCGCCGAUUGUUGCUCCUGAGGAUAGCAAGGAACUCUCCGUUCCUGUGGCAUUCUUCCCAUCUAAAGAUGAACCUCGUGAUGAAUGCGAUAAAUACUGGGACACUCUGAAGAGCUCACACCCUGAGCUGAUCGAGAAGAGUGUGUACCACUACUACGGCGACAUGUUCCAUGGCUUUGCGUCGGCCCGUGCGAACUUGAAGGACAAGGCGAACUACGACGCUGCUGUGGAUGUUUACCAGCGCCUUGCCAACUUCUUCUGCUACGUAUUCAAGUAG